AGUCCAGAGAAGAUCGCGAACGAAUCAAGAUUAUUCGGAAGACACGUAUCGGACAAGUCAUGGCACGGCCAACUCCUCGUGGGCUCUCUUUUACAUUGCAGCCUGACGGUACAAUAUUGUCGGCAUUUAUUGAAAAUGGAGAGAUUGUUGUCCAGCAACCGCUUCCUGACAGAGUAACUCUUCGGAAGUGGGUCGAUACUUUGCUGGAAAUGGAGGAGACGAUUGGCUGCUUGGAGGAUAUAAAUUUUGACUUGGAUGUUUCCAACCAACUGUCACUCUCGACAACAACAGCAACAACCAGUGCAUCACCCUACCUCAUGACCCCAGAUUCUACGACGAGCCUGAUGGAUGGCUAUUUCGGCAGCAAUUUGGAGCCACCUUCUUGCGAACAAGGGCCCUAUUCAAAUAUGCAAUUGCAGCCAGGGAAUUCUCAAUGGGUUCCCACUUUGGAAGCGUCUCCGAUGGCUACGUCAAUAGCAAACUCGCUUGUAUACGCUUCUCAAUCCGUAAACGCACACCGAACCUCUGGGUCAGUUCAGCACUGCUGCUCUCAUGCAACAACCAAACAUAACUGCCCCGACUGGAGCUCUAAGCGAAUGACGAGACUCCAGAAUCAACUGUCUGCUAUUUGCAACCAACCUACUCCAGCAAUGGCGGAGCACAAUGCACAGGUCGACGGCUUAUACAAUGGUUCAUAUCUUACAGUACCACUACAUGGAAUGUCGAGCGUGCAAUUUGCGCGAGCUCUAAGUCGGCUUGGAAAUGUCUCCAAUACGUUGGGUUUUAUUUACGGUCUGCUUAGCUGGGAAAUUUUCAAAAGAGAAGAGGAGAGAAUCAUCAAAGAGGAACGAGUUUCGCCAGUUCUUGCUGCGAAAAAGGUAAACCGUCAGAUGUCGGAGCUUCUGAAACACCCAGGAAAGGCCAAGGACUGGGCUAGCGAUGGCCGUAAGGCGGCAAAGCUUGUUUUUGGUAUUCUAGAGGGAUACAGUACAGCCGUGCGGUCCUUUGCUCUUUUCUUGCUCGGCAAUUCCUGCAGCCUUGACAGCAUGCUCAAGAUUGCCCACUUUCCUGUCAUUCGGGAACAUUUUCAAAUGAGCUUUGCACAGAUCGUUGCAGAAAAGCAACCGCAGUGGGAGGCUUUGGCUGCCAACGAUUACAAGGUGUUUGACUAUGCCGAAUUUCUCCGACUUCGCGGACCCCCAGCGGAAACGGGUGCCCGAUCUGACCACAUCCUCAUGGACCUGAACACGAGAAACAUGACUCCUGUUUCCCCAUAUCUCGAGGCGUCGAACACCGAUCGUCAUGAUCCGAUCCUUCCAUUGCCCGACGACCUACUUGCUAAUCCAUUCCAUUACGCUGGCAUUGAUCUCGAUGUAUGACUGAUGCUUGUAAUGCAUGACCUAACUUUUUCAACUCUUUUUGAAUACCCCCCUUCUGUUUUUUUCCGUGCCGGGCAAUCCUCUCCAGUAUAGAUUAGGCAAUAGAAAUUUGAAUUAUCGUUAGAGCUGUCAAGUCAAUCGGAAAGAAGCAGAGAAUACUCCAGCCC